AUGAAAGAAACAAAAACUUUGGGUUGCUGGCUAUUUGUGCUCAUCUGCCUCUUAACAAAGACUUCAGCCUGUACUGAUAGUCUUACAGCAAAUGUUUCGAUCACACACGUUGAAAAUGAUAAAGGCGCUGUCUGUCUAGAUGGAAGCCCUCCUUCCUACUAUCACGGCAAGGGAGAAGGGUUGGGUAUAAACAAUUGGGUGAUUUACCUACAGGGUGGUGGGUGGUGUACAACGGUCAAAGAAUGCCAAGGACGUUCUACAAGUCAUUUAGGUUCUUCAGAAAAUUUAGCUAAGAGUGUUCAUCUUGGGAAUAUUUUGAGGCAAAGCUCCGAUACAAAUCCUGACUUCUGUGAUUGGAACCGGGUUUACAUUAAUUACUGUGAUGGAUCUUCCUUCACAGGGGAUGUUGACACAGUUGAUCCAGCUACUAAUUUAACAUAUAGAGGAGGAAGGAUCUUUACUGUGGUAAUGGAUGAUUUGCUUAAAAAAGGGAUGAAAAUUGCCAAAAAUGCCAUUCUUUCUGGAACUUCAGCAGGGGGCACAGCUGCAAUUUUACAUUGCGAUAGGUUUCGAUCACUUUUGCCAUUUGACGCAAAAGUUAAAUGCUUUUCAGAUUCCGCAUACUUUUUGCAUGAGGAAUAUUUGAUGGGGGAGAAGAAAUUUGAUACUGUCUUUGAAGGAUUGAUAACUUUACAUGGAUCAAAGUCAAAUGCUCCCUUCAUCUUGCACUGAGGAAUUAACCAAUCCAAGUCUUUGCUUCUUUCCCCAAUAUGUGCUGCCACACAUUAAGACUCCGGUUUUCAUUGCUAUGUCUUCUUUUGACAUAAUACAGGUUGAAUAUAAUUUGUCUCCUAUGCACAAGGUAUGCCUCCUGUACCAGAACUGCA